AUGAUAUAUUUAACUGAAUCGUUUAAUAUUCUACGAGGAAUAUCUAUAAUCUUUCUAUAUACUAAUAUAUUAUUUUUACAUGUGAGUACAAAUGAAGUUGAACUUCGACGAUUAUUAUUUCAUAAACGAAGAUAUGAUCAAUAUGUUUGUCCUCAAGUGGGCAUUACUAACGUUUAUACAAAUUUAAUUUUACUUCAAGUUGAAAGUGUCAAUGAAAAAGCACAGGUUGUAACAAGUAAUAUUCAAUUGACAUGUGCAUGGUGUGAUCCAUAUAUGUCAUGGAAUAUUAGUCGUUUUAAUAUAACUGAACUUUCAGUUGGCCCAGGUUAUUUAUGGACACCCGAUGUUGUUAUUGUCAAUUCAGCUGAUGGAAAAUAUUCUCGAAAUCGAGAAAAUUAUGCAGUUAUUCUUCGACAUAAUGGUUAUGUUCGAUUUAUGUUUCAAGAUGUAUGGAAAACAAUCUGUAAAGUUCGUUCAACAUAUUUUCCAUUUGAUCAACAACGUUGUACAAUAAUAAUUCGUAGUGGUUCACAUGAUAGUCAUUCAAUUAAAUUUAUACAACGACGUCCUAUUCAAGCUCGUUCAUUUAUACGUGGUGAAUGGGAAUUAAUUCAUUCUUAUACAGAAAUAACUGAUGAACGUGUAUCUGAUUUUGGUCAAGUUGAUUAUAGUCUUGUACGUUUUACAUUAAUAUUAAAACGUAAUUAUGUACAUUAUUUUAUGAAAAUUAUUUUACCAUUUACACUUGUUUCAUUUGUAACAUUAUUUACAUUUUUAUUACCACCACAAUCAGGUGAAAAAUUAACAUUAAAUGUUACAAUAUUAUUAUCAUUAGUUUUUUAUUUACAAUUAUUUAGUGAAUAUAUACCAAAAUCUGAUGAUGAAACUCCAAUAUUAACAUUAUUUUGUAAUGCAAAUUUUUUUCUAGUUUUUCUAUCAUGUAUUAUGACCGUUUAUGUUCUAUAUUUAUAUCAUCAUUCAUCAACAUCACAUAUAGCAUGUGUACCAACAUAUAUGAAAAUAAUUUUACUUGAUUAUUUAAGUCCAUUUGUUUAUUGUAGUAUAAAUAAACAAAGAAAAAAACAAAUAUUAACAAAAAGAUCUUCUGAAGAAAAUCAACCAAGACGUAUAAGUAGUAUUGAAAAAAAUAUAUGUCAUAUUUUUUCUGUAACAUCUUCGACUCGAACAACUAAUCAACAGGCUAUUGAAAUACUUAAAUGUUUGCAACAAAUAAAAACACAUAUACGUACAGAAUGGUUAUUACCAUUACAAUUAUAUAAUGAAUGUGAAAUUGGAAAUGAUGUAUUAAAAAUUGAUAAUCAACAACGUUUACAAGAAUGGCAACAAGUAGCAUUAGUUCUUGAUCGUCUUUUCUUUUUAUUAUUUGUUAUAGCUAUGCCCGGUACAGCCUUAUUAUUGGUAUCAGCACAUUUAUCAAGUGAAAAUAAUUUUCGUUCAAAUUUAACAAAUAUUAAUCUAAAUACAACUGAUGCACAAUGUGAUUCAAUAUAUAAACCUAUAUUAACAUAA